AGGGACUGUAGUGUCUCUUGCACUGAGAUGCAGUGCCUUAGACUGCGCUCCUAACUAAAUAAGCCCAAGGCUGUGUUUGCAUAAUGACUCGUGUUAAAUCAGAGAAUAUUUGUGCUGGUAAAAAAUGAGACUUCAGCAAUCUCUGAUUUAACUUCCCCAUUUCAUUCCAAAUAUGAAACCCGAUCAUCGUGAAUAGGCUUCAAUCUCCACGUGCUCGGAUUCCGGGUGAUAGGUCAGCAGUAGUGCGUUCUGAAGGACGCUCCUCCUCUAAAACCGGACGGUUGGGGGUGUGUAGUGAUAUGACCGGGAUGCCCAUGACUGUCAUGAUGAAAUCAUGUGUGCGGUGUCACUGUCAUUGUUUGUACAAGUACUGUAGAAUAGGGUUGCCUAUCACAAAUGGGAAUUUAAUCAAUAUAACUAACUGUAUAUUCUAUUCAAAAACAUUGAUCGGAAGGGUAGGAGUUUUUCUCUCCAACAGACAUUUGAAUUCAUUUCAGUAUUGAAUCACCUUGGUUGACCUAUUGGCUAUACCCUUGAAACACUAGCAGACUGCCUCUUUAACCAAACAUUGCUUAUUCGUAGCGGCGACGAGCACAGCACAAAAAGCACAUUGCAGUAGCAGUACCGAGAUCUUCUUAACCGAACCGGAGACGUAGGCUACGUAGCACUGAGCAGCUGACUUGGAAAAACAGGCGCUAUAAUUUUCCCAACGUGGCUGCGUCAAGAGAACUCGACCAAAAAGGGGUUGCUCAAGGGGUCGAUUUAAAGACCACCACGGUAUUUGGAGUCGACACAUUGUAGGCUAUCACACCACUCUCGACUUGUUUGAAGAUAACCCACUUAUUUUUCCUUCGCAACACUGAAGUUCUCGCUUUCACAUGAUGUACACUAUUACCAGAGGUCCCAGUAAACUUGUUACACAGCGCAGGACAGGUCCCACGCAGCAACUUGAGAAUAAAACCAACGACUUGAAGCUCAAACCGACCCCCUGGUUAUCCUCAAACUCUCCAGCUCCAAAGAUAGUGUUUAAUCGCCUGAACGGGAAGAGAUACCACACUGCAGCCACACAGAAGGAAGACACCACAUCUGAAGGCUUCACCCCGGCCCAUGAAGAGAAUGUCCGAUUUGUGUACGAAGCAUGGCAGGAAAUAGAGCAGCAGCUGGCAGGAGAUGGAGAAGGCAGUGUGGAGCCUGCUGCUGUAUGUGGCCAGGGGCCCGUGCAGUACGCAGAGAAGACCCCCAGUACCACAACGAAGAACUUUGUGCCUAUAGACCUGGAGGAGUGGUGGGCCCAGCGCUUCCUGGCCAACAUCGCUAACCUGUCGUGACAGGAAGAGAAGGAGAAGGGG